GAGGAGCCGGAAGUAGCCAGGCACUUCCGGUACGGGAAACUCUUUGCUGCCGCUCGGCCCGGCUUGACAGGCGCGGUGCCUGCGAGCAGCCCUGUCUCCUUUCGCCUUCCCCGAGUCUACCAUUCAAACUCCUUUGCCGCUGCCGUCCCGCAUCUCGUGUCUCCGAAACCGCCCCUUCCCCAUGUUCCGGGGCAGGAGUCGUGAAAGCGAAGACCCGCCCGCCGGUACCCCAUCAUGUCCGAACUGACUAAAGAGCUGAUGGAGCUGGUGUGGGGCACCAAGAGCAGCCCCGGGCUCUCUGACACCAUCUUCUGCCGCUGGACGCAAGGGUUUGUGUUUAGUGAAUCAGAGGGAUCUGCAUUAGAACAGUUUGAAGGCGGCCCCUGUGCUGUUAUUGCACCUGUUCAGGCAUUUCUUUUGAAGAAGCUCCUGUUUUCUUCUGAGAAGUCUUCUUGGAGGGAUUGCGCAGAGGAAGAGCGGAAGGAACUCCUUUGUCAUACCUUAUGUGACAUUUUAGAAAGUGCUUGUUGUGACAACUCUGGAUCAUACUGCUUGGUUUCAUGGUUAAGAGGAAAGACAACGGAGGAGACCGCUAGUAUUUCUGGGAGUCCUGCAGAGUCUAGUUGCCAAGUGGAACAUUCUUCUGCCUUGGCUGUCGAAGAGCUUGGCUUUGAGCGAUUUCAUGCAUUAAUUCAGAAAAGAUCAUUCAGAAGCUUAUCAGAAUUAAAAGAUGCUGUCUUGGACCAGUAUCCAAUGUGGGGAAAUAAAUUUGGAGUAUUGCUUUUUCUGUAUUCUGUGUUACUGACAAAGGGCAUCGAAAACAUAAAAAAUGAAAUUGAAGAUGCAAGUGAACCUUUGAUAGAUCCUGUAUAUGGACAUGGCAGCCAAAGUUUAAUUAACCUCCUACUGACGGGGCAUGCGGUUUCUAAUGUAUGGGAUGGUGAUAGAGAAUGCUCAGGAAUGAAACUUCUUGGUAUACAUGAACAAGCAGCUGUAGGAUUCUUAACAUUGAUGGAAGCUUUAAGAUACUGUAAGGUUGGUUCUUACUUGAAAUCUCCAAAAUUCCCUAUUUGGAUUGUUGGCAGUGAAACUCACCUCACCGUAUUUUUUGCCAAGGAUAUGGCUUUAGUUGCCCCUGAGGCUCCUUCAGAGCAAGCCAGGAGAGUUUUCCAAACCUAUGAUCCAGAAGAUAAUGGAUUCAUACCUGAUUCACUUUUAGAAGAUGUGAUGAAAGCAUUGGACCUUGUUUCAGAUCCUGAAUAUAUAAAUCUUAUGAAGAAUAAAUUAGAUCCAGAAGGAUUAGGAAUCAUAUUAUUGGGUCCAUUUCUUCAAGAAUUUUUUCCUGAUCAGGGCUCGAGUGGUCCAGAGUCUUUUACUGUCUACCACUACAAUGGACUGAAGCAAUCAAAUUAUAAUGAAAAGGUGAUGUAUGUAGAAGGGACUGCAGUUGUUAUGGGUUUUGAAGAUCCCAUGCUGCAAACGGAUGACACUCCUAUUAAACGCUGUCUCCAAACCAAAUGGCCAUACAUCGAAUUGCUCUGGACCACAGAUCGCUCCCCUUCACUAAACUGAUUUGCCUAAGUAUUUAUGAAGAAAAUUGUAAUAGCAGAUGUGGAAAGAGGGAUGCAAGACUGGCAAUUGGCUAAAUUAAGCUAUACACUGGUAUCAUUGAUUAACUGUAAAUAACAAUUAAAAACACAUUUUCAGUGUUUAAGAUAUGUUUAAAUUAUUUAUGUUAAAGGUUACCCUAUUUUAACUCUGUGUGAAAUUUACUAGCAAAAUUAAGCAUUAAUCAAAGUUCAUCACUUUUGCAGUCAGAUAAUUGGUCAUUCAUCAAAUUACAAUCAUAAUGCUAUAGCAUUCGUAUAUUGAGUAUCAGAGUUCCUAUUUAUGAACUUCCACUUUGGGGUUCAUUUCAUUUAGGCACAUUUUACUGUUUAAAUGAUUCUGGCUUACAGUGUAUCAGCCUCCACAUUGAAAUGCAGAAGAAUUAAUUUUUAUUUCUUUUCUAAAAUCUGUUUUCCAUUAGCAAUAUUGAUAAAUAACAAAUGAUCAACCUGGGUCCUUUGACAGUUGGCUUAGAACUGGCAUGUUUAUAAAAACUAGAAACUAAAAAGGAACAUUACCAUUUAUUCACAGAUACAUAGAGGAUGUAUUUUAAAAAAUGAUAGGAAAGAGAAUCUGUUUGAUAGUCUUAACACUGUUAACUUUCACUGUGUUGCCAAAUACACUUUUCCAAAUUUGUCCCAAGAACCCUGUAAGCCAGCUUUCUUGUAUAUUUAUAAAUGUGAUAAAUGCAUGAGAACAUCUGUUAUUACAUUAGUAUACCGCUUUAUUUAUUAUGAUCCUAGUGGAUGGCCUAAAUAAACACUUUUUUUCUUUAACUGUA